AUGCUAGCACCCACUUCGUCUUCAUCUCUUGUUUCUCAAGAGAGUUUCUCAACGCCCUCAACCACUACGACAUCGGCGUCGUCAUCGAAUGCAACAGUAAUUGGCGACAGCAGCGUCAAUAGCAAGAAUAAUUUAUCAGAAUGUCUCACCACGUCGUCCUCAACGACACCUUCCUAUUUUAUAAUAUAUUACUGGACAAUAUUGUACACUUAUAUAUCAAAUAUUUUCAGUAAAGCAACUGCACGGCUGCGUAGGCGUUCCACUGUCGAGCAUGCAUAUUUAACACAAGCAGCACAUUCACCGGACGCGAAUAACAACACAAAUAAUAACAAUUCACAACCACCACCACUACGUCGUUCUCCGCGCCUUAAACCAAAAAAGCAGUUGCAACAGCAGAUUGCUUCAUCUUCAGCUGAUAGCAUUUCCCCUCAAAGAAAUAAUCCGGAACUCCGAUUUAGAAGAAAUAUAAAACAAGUUAACCAAACCUCAUUGACAUCUUCAUCAUUAUUUUCUUCGUUGAUGAAAACAAAAACACUUAUCUUGGAUUUAGACGAAACGCUGAUACAUUCAACCUCAAGGGGAUCACGGGCUGAUGCACAUAUGAUUGAAGUUAUGGUGGAUAAUCACGCUUGUCUAUAUUAUGUCCACAAAAGACCACAUGUGGAUCACUUUUUAAAAAAGGUUAGUGAAUGGUACAAGGUGGUUAUUUUCACAGCCUCUAUGCCUGAAUAUGCCGACCCAGUAAUUGAUUGGCUGGAUCCAAAUAAAAACUUGAUCUCACACCGAUUUUUUCGCCAG